AGUUAAGGAAGUAGUUAAGGGUUUGAAACUAAUAAAGACACAAGACUGGGAGGCACCAUGGCCUCAGGAUCUAUUUUCAAUAACUGCUUUAAAAUUAUUCUAUAAUAAUCCACCAGAUCAAAAAUAUUUGGAAAUUAGACCAAAUACUAGUGAGGAUAAGCUAUUGUUCUUAUCUAAUACUGGGGGACAAAUGACUGUUGCAGCAAUUUCAGCAAUAAUAAAACGAAUGGACUAG